GUCAGUGGCGUUUCCGCUCGGGCAGCGGGCUGAGUGGGCGGCCGCCGCCGCCGCUGCCGCCGCCGCCGCCGCCGGGGGAGGGGCGGCCGCCGCCCGCCUGCGCUCAGAGACUCACGCAACCCCAGUCCCGCCAGUCCGCCAACACAGUAGUGCCGGCCCCCCUCCAUCCCUGGCCCUUCCCCCUCCCCGCCUUUGGCUCGCUCCGCCUUUCAGCCCCCCACCCCCACCUCACGGGUACGGGCAAUUCCCGGCCAGGAAACGCCGUGGCGCCGCGUUGGGCCUAACUCGAGUCUUGCUGCCUCCCGGGAGUGCUGUGCGCCGCAGCCCGGGCCCAGGCCCCGGCAGCGCCUGGGUCAAGUAUGAGGCAUCCCAGUGUUUUUAUGGCAAGUUGAAGUGAUACUCAUACAUAAUCAUACCCAGAGGAUUCCUCAUGUCCAUAACAUGUUGGCUGAGGCUCUGCAGCUCGCCCCCACUCUCAGAGUGGUCCAUCUCCAUUAAUUGGACCCCGUGAUUUCCACUCUCUUCUGUUCUGGACGUCAUGAGCAUUGCAAUCCCUCUGGGAGUCACCACACCAGAUACAUCCUACUCAGAUAUGGCUGCUGGAUCAGAAAAGGAAGUGGAAGCCCCCUACCUUUCAAGACGAAGUGGCACUACACCAGGAUGUGAAAGUCCAGCGAAAGAGACCCAAGGGGCCUAGGGGGCAGCACACCCCCAGAAGCCAAGUCUAUUCCAGGCAGUACCAGGGAUUAGGGUCUGGGCUGGAAAAAUCCUGGUGUUUUGAAUAUGUUCAGGUCCAGUUCAGACUCUUGAUCCCACAGCCACUUCUUGAGUGAGGGUAUCCUGUCUUGGUAGUGAAUGGAAGAGGGCCUGGUCCCUGGGGCAGUGCAGAAGGCACUUUCAUCAUCUCACUCACUGCAAAUGUCAUGUGAGGUUUCAUGGAAGUAUUAAGAGAUCCAAUUAAGAAGAAUAGUUCUGAGUCUAAACCAGCCCAGAGUGGCUUCUCUAGGGGAAACUCCCCGCUCUGCUGCCCUGAAUCUGUGGAGGCUAGUCCAGCAGUUAAUGAGAAGAGCGUGUAUUCCACUCAUAAUUAUGGGACCACUCAGAGGCAUGGGUGUCGAGGACUGCCUUAUGCUGAUCAUAAUUACGGAGCCCCUCCUCCUCCGACACCUCCUGCUUCUCCCCCUGUCCAGACGAUCAUCCCUCGUUCUGACCUGAAUGGCCUGCCGUCGCCCGUAGAGGAACGCUGUGGAGACAGCCCGAACUCUGAAGGAGAGACUGUUCCUACCUGGUGUCCUUGUGGUCUUUCUCAGGAUGGCUUCCUUCUCAACUGUGACAAGUGCAGGGGAAUGAGCAGGGGGAAGGUUAUUAGACUUCAUCGGCGGAAGCAGGACAACAUAUCAGGUGGGGAUAGCAGUGCCACAGAAAGCUGGGAUGAGGAGCUUUCUCCUUCUACUGUGUUGUACACAGCAACACAGCACACACCUACAAGCAUCACCUUAACUGUUAGAAGAACCAAACCCAAGAAGCGGAAAAAGAGUCCAGAAAAGGGUCGCACAGCACCAAAGACGAAGAAAACCAAGGCAUUUCGAGAGGGAUCCCGGAAGUCCUUGCGGAUGAAGAAUUCUCCCUCUGAAGCACAGAAUUUAGAUGAAAAUACCACUGAGGGCUGGGAAAAUCGGAUAAGACUAUGGACUGAUCAGUAUGAAGAAGCUUUCACUAAUCAGUACAGUGCAGAUGUACAGAAUGCCCUUGAACAGCAUCUACAUUCUAGCAAGGAAUUUGUGGGAAAACCUGCUAUUUUAGAUACUAUCAAUAAGACUGAACUGGCCUGUAAUAAUACAGUAAUUGGUUCCCAAAUGCAGUUACAGCUGGGAAGAGUCACUCGUGUUCAAAAACACCGAAAAAUUCUGAGGGCUGCGCGCGAUUUAGCUUUGGACACUCUUAUAAUAGAAUAUCGUGGGAAAGUCAUGUUACGACAACAAUUUGAGGUCAAUGGACAUUUCUUCAAAAAACCAUAUCCCUUUGUGCUCUUCUACUCAAAAUUCAAUGGUGUAGAGAUGUGUGUGGAUGCUCGUACUUUCGGUAACGAUGCUCGGUUCAUCAGAAGAUCAUGUACACCAAAUGCAGAGGUGAGACACAUGAUUGCAGAUGGGAUGAUUCACUUAUGUAUCUAUGCUGUAUCUGCAAUUACCAAGGAUGCUGAAGUCACCAUUGCAUUCGAUUAUGAAUAUAGUAACUGUAAUUAUAAAGUGGACUGUGCGUGUCACAAAGGAAACCGCAAUUGCCCUAUACAGAAAAGAAAUCCUAAUGCUGCAGAAUUGCCACUCCCACCACCUCCUAGCUUUCCCACCAUUGGAGCAGAGACCAGACGUAGAAAAGCACGGCGGAAAGAGCUCGAGAUGGAGCAGCAGAAUGAGGCUCCAGAGGAGAAAAAAGAAGUUCCAGAAAAAGUAACUGUGUCCAGUGACCAUGAGGAAGUAGACAAUCCAGAAGAAAAACCAGAAGGAAAAGAAGAGGCUAUAGAUGACCAGGAGAACCCAGCUCAUAGCAGGAGGACUCGAGAAGAUAGGAAGGUGGAAGCCAUCAUUCAUGCUUUUGAAAACCUAGAGAAAAGAAAGAAACGGCGAGAUCAGCCUGUAGAGCAGAGCAAUUCAGACGUAGAGAUUACUACCACCACCUCAGACACACCUGUUGAAGAGACAAAAACUGAAGCCCCUGAGUCUGAAGUUAGCAACCCUGCUUCAAAUAUUACCAUCCCAAGCACCCCACAAAGUAUUGGUGUGAAUACUCGGAGGUCUUCCCAAACUGGGGAUGUUGCUGCAGAAAAACCAAUUCCCAAACCACCUCCAGCAAAGCCUUCUAGACCCCGACCGAAGAGUCGAAUUUCUCGUUACCGGACCAGUUCAGCCCAAAGACUAAAGCGCCAGAAGCAGGCCAAUGCACAGCAAGCAGAGCUGUCACAAGCUGCCUUGGAAGAGGGAGGAAGUACCAGCUCAGUAACUCCUACUGAAGCUGGAAGUGUGGACAGUUCAGGAGAAAACAGACAGUUAACAGGGUCUGACCCAGCUGUGAUAUCAGUUACUGGAUCCCAUAUCAACCGUGCUACAUCUAAAUACCCCAAAACCAAAAAGUAUCUAGUUACAGAAUGGUUGAAUGACAAAGCAGAGAAACAAGAGUGUCCUGUUGAGUGUCCUUUGCGUAUCACCACAGACCCUACUGUAUUGGCAACAACCCUGAACAUGUUACCGGGUCUUAUUCAUUCCCCGUUAAUUUGCACCACCCCAAAACACUACAUUCGCUUUGGCUCACCUUUUAUGCCUGAGAGGCGUCGAAGGCCCCUUCUGCCUGAUGGCACAUUCAGUUCCUGUAAAAAGCGCUGGAUAAAGCAAGCCUUGGAAGAAGGGAUGACUCAGACUUCAUCUGUACCCCAGGAGACUAGAACUCAGCAUCUAUACCAAAGUAAUGAGAGUAGUAAUUCUUCUAGUAUCUGUAAAGACAAUGCAGAUUUACUGAGCCCAUUAAAGAAAUGGAAGUCUCGCUAUCUGAUGGAACAGAAUAUCACCAAGUUACUUCAGCCUCUGUCUCCAGUUACACCACCCCCUCCCAGCUCAGACUCAAAGAGCCCCCAGCUGACCACACCUGGCCAGACCCACCCAGGAGAAGAGGAGUGCCGAAAUGGAUAUAACCUCAUGUUCUCACCAAUCACAUCUCUUACUACUGCUAGUCGCUGCAACACUCCUCUGCAGUUUGAGCUUUGUCACCGAAAAGACCUGGAUUUGACAAAAGUAGGAUACCUUGACUCCAACACUAACAGCUGUGCUGAUAGACCUUCCCUGCUCAACUCCAGUCAUCCUGACCUGUCUUCUCAUCCCUCCAUCAUUCCCACAUCAGAGGCUGGCUUCUCAGGCAGGAGUGAUGGACCUCAGUCCUUGCUGAGAAACUCAGACCAGGCAUUUCGGACAGAGUUCAACUUGAUGUAUGCCUACUCCCCUUUGAAUGCUAUGCCUCGAGCCGAUGGAUUAUAUAGAGGAUCUCCCCUAGUGGGAGAUAGGAAACCUUUACAUUUGGACGGAGGAUAUUGUUCCCCUGCAGAAGGGUUUCCCAGCAGAUAUGAACAUGGCUUUAUGAAAGACCUCUCUCGUGGAUCCAUGUCACCUGGUGGUGACCGGACCUGUGAAGGAGUCCCAUCCGCCCCUCAGAACCCACCACAAAGGAAAAAGGUAUCCUUGCUGGAGUACCGCAAAAGGAAACAAGAAGCCAAGGAGAAUUCUGGUGGGGGAAGUGACUCUUCACAGAGCAAAAGCAAGUCUGCAGGAGCUGGACAGGGCAGCAGUAACUCUGUCUCUGACACUGGUGCCCAUGGUGUGCAGGGAUCCUCAGCCCGAACCCCAUCAUCCCCUCACAGAAAAUUCUCCCCAUCUCAUUCCUCUAUGUCUCAUUUGGAGGCGGUAAGCCCGUCAGAUUCCAGGGGCACUUCUUCCUCUCACUGCAGACCUCAAGAAAAUAUCAGCAGUAGGUGGAUGGUUCCUACAUCAGUUGAACGACUCCGAGAAGGAGGAAGCAUCCCUAAGGUUCUCCGAAGCAGUGUGAGAGUGGCCCAAAAGGGAGAGCCAUCUCCCACAUGGGAUAGUAACAUCACAGAGAAAGAUCCAGACCCUGCAGAUGGAGAAGGCCCAGAGUCACUGAACUCAGCACUGUCUAAAGGAGCAACCGUUUACAGCCCUUCCAGAUACAGCUACCAGCUCCUGCAGUGUGACAGUCCACGGACAGAAUCACAAAGCCUCCUUCAACAGAGUUCCUCCCCCUUUAGAGGACAUCCCACACAAUCUCCAGGAUACAGUUAUCGAACUACUGUACUGAGACCUGGAAAUCCUCCCUCUCAUGGUUCUUCAGAGUCAUCCCUCUCUUCCACGUCCUACCCCAGCCCUGCCCACCCUGUGUCCACAGACUCAUUGGCCCCAUUUACGGGGACUCCAGGGUAUUACAGCAGCCAGCCACAUUCUGGAAACAGCACUGGCAGCAAUCUUCCAAGGAGGAGCUGUCCUUCUAGUGCUGCUAGCCCUACCCCACAGGGCCCCUCAGACUCACCAACCUCAGACUCAGUUUCUCAGUCCAGCACAGGAACUCUGAGUUCCACCUCCUUUCCUCAGAACUCUAGAUCGUCAUUGCCAUCAGACUUACGGACUAUCAAUCUGCCCAGCACUGGGCAGUCAGCUGCCUACCAGGCCUCCAGGGUAUCUGCGGUUUCCAAUUCACAGCACUACCCACAUCGUGGGAGUGGGGGUGUGCACCAGUACCGACUCCAGUCACUACAAGGGUCAGGAGUCAAGACUCAGACAGGACUUUCCUAGGGCUUCUGGAUAUGGGCAAACUGAACUUAACGAGCCCAUAGCUGCUUCCUUCCAGCUGCCUCUGGAACCUAGGCCGAGCAUAUUGCUGGGGAAGAGGGGUACAAGGUGCCAGAGGAUUGGGUCUGGUCGACAAGAAACGAGACUUGUGGUCAUGACUGGCCUCUGGCCUUGGAGAAAGAUGUAAAUCUUGUCUGAAGCAGAGACUAAAGAAGUUUCUCCCUGCUGUUAAGGGUACAUUGUUAACAAGCAAAUGGUGUUUCGGUUAGUAACGGUUCUAAGUGCAAUGAGUUGUGUUGACGCCUCUGUCUCCCAUCCUUGCCUGUAGCCUGUAGUCACUUGUGCAGUGAGGACAUCUUUUUAAAUU